AUAUCCGAUGACGUCAUGAUUGGGAACGUAGCAAAAGAGAUUCAAACAUCCCAUCACGUUAACAAAUAUUUUCUACAAAGAUAUUGUAUAAAUGCACGACACUAGACAGACAGAAAGCAGAAAAGAGAGAAGGAGAGAACAGGCCAGGGUAUUUUAUCUUCCUUAACUUUCUAAAGGCUUCACUGAUUUUGGUCCUACAUUUUGUUGAUCUUAUUAACCGAUUGCUAUCGGUCUUGAUACACCCGGAAUAACCUGUGUGAUAAGUGGAAUUGAAAGAUAAAUAUAUACUUGUAGUGAACUGCAUUUAUCUCAGACUUCAUUGCAUGAAUAGGCAAUAGUUCUCAGUACUCAUAGGAAGGAAACAGGAAAACUAAACCUCGAAGAAACAUGUCCACGACAGUAUUGAUUGGUAUCUACUGUAUAUCCAUAAUCGCUACACUCUCAUGGGGAGACGAAGGGAAUUUUCUCCACAUCUCGGAUGUCCAUUACGACCCUCUCUAUGGGAAUGGCGCGUCUCCGAACUCUUCUUGUAGCGAAGCCGUUGACUCAGCCCAGUACCCUUUAGGGAGUCAUCAUUGUGACUCCCCCUGGGCUCUGGUAGAGAGUGUUUUCCAGGCCAUGGCUAAUACCAAGACAAGCGACACAGAUUUUGUCGUCUGGACAGGAGACACACCGGGUGCUGUAGACCUGAGUCUUCUAAAUUCUACAAAAGUUCUCACCAUCAUCCAAAAUGUCACAGAUGAGAUGAGAGAAAGGCUACCUGGUCUGCAAGUCUUCCCAUCAAUUGGUAACCAUGACAACUAUCCUCGUCACAUUCUUGAUCCCGACCCGAAUGACUUUCGGGACAGUCUGGCCGAUGUUUGGGACCCAUGGCUUGCUAAUUAUCAAGAUGCUAAUGAAACCUUCAAAGCAGGUGGCUACUAUGUCACGCCAAUCAACAGCAACUUAUGGAUGAUAGUACUUAACACAGCUAUGUAUUACUUCAAGGAUCCACUGACAGAAGGCAUUACUGAUCCAGCGGGUCAGUUCGACUGGCUUGACGGCACACUUGAAGCCGCACAGAACACCGGUAAAAAGGUAUUCAUCAGUGCUCACAUCUUACCUGGGUCAUUGGAAGGAGAAACGAAGGUUUCUUUUCAAACCAGCUUUAAUGUGAGGUAUCUAGAAAUUAUUAGAAAAUACAGUGACGUGAUCAAAGGGCAGUUUUUCGGCCAUCACCAUUACGACAGUUUCAGGGUUCUUUACGACGACACUGGUAUGCCUAUCAACGCUCUCUACGUCCAGCCUGCCAUUACCCCUCGCCAAACACCGAGUCCUCGAUAUCCCAGCUUCCGUAUGAUAACCUACGACCGUGAAACGGGCGACAUCAUCGACAUCGAUCAAUACUAUCUCGACAUCAGCACCAACAACCCGACCUGGGCGCUAGAGUACCGCGCCACCGAAGUCUACGAUAUCGCCGAUCUUAGCCCCCUAUCUCUGCACCAACUCGUUGACAAGUUUCGUGGUGACGGUUCGAUCUCGGAUGCGACUACGGAUUACUUUGCUCGAUAUUACACUUACAACACGGCUAUGGCUCCUGCUGGCGAUUGCGAUGAUGAUUGUAAAGGGUUACAUAUCUGCGCUAUUACUGAAUUAGAUGUCCCUGCUUACGAAAAGUGUCUAGAAGGAAGUGGUAAUGUUGUCAGAGGAAGUAUCCGUAAUAUUAUCAUUUUGUUCAGUAUCAAUCUCUUAAAAUCUUUGUUGUCAAGAUCUGAAGUUAUCACUGAUGGGUGAUGAUUGUUAUUUUUUAUCGUCAAUUGAAUACAUAACAAACGCGCAUUUAUCUGGGUUUUUUUUACCAAAACGUGUUGCUUAAAUCAUAUUUAUUUUUACGCGAUAAAAGCAAAGCAGAUGAAAAUUGACAAUUCUGAAGAAGAAAAAAAAACCUCAUGCAGAAAGUUGGACUUUCACGGUUUUUUCCAUAAUAGGCCCAUAAAUGAAUAGAAUCAAAUCCAAGUUUCUAUAAACUAGUUUCUAUGCAUUUCAUUGCUCCAAUUUAUUUUCUCAUUUGCUCCUCCAAAGCUGUGCAUGGACCAGAUAAUAUUUUAGGGUAAUUUAACAAACUUGAAUUUUUAAGUAACGUAUCAAAACAUCUUUUCAAUGUUUUGGAGGAUAAGGGCAUUGUUUCAUUCAAAUCAUGAUAUAGAGCUGUACGUGAUUCCGUGUUUGCAAAGGUUUAAUUAAAUCGCAUAUUCUUAUGUUCUCUGUUUGACAUGUUUUGUAUCAUAUAAGAAUAUUUACCAUUAAAAUUAUCACCAUACUCGUGUUUUUUUUUUUUAUCAAGUUUAAAUCAAUUGCAAUAAAUAUUGGAAAUUGCAUAUGUAGGUGUAUACCCGGGUUAUUUAAUUUAGCUUAUUUUUUCCAUUUUCCCCAACGUAUUUAACACAUUUUGUUUAACAGAUGACGAGUAUUUGACAAAAUCAUACUAAUAUAUGUUAUAUAUAUAUAUAUAUAUAUAUAUAUAUAUAAGCUUGUAGUUAUCAGGUGACAGAGUAUUUUUAUGUAGAGUAUGUCUGCUUGUUAUUUAACAUAACUUCUGUCUUCUAAUUUUAUAAUAGAAUUACUAUAAAAAAUUGCGUUCUUGUCAUACGAAAUCUAAUUUAAAAUCUGAAUUUGAUGGAUUCCAUGGAGUGAGAAAUCUAAUGGUCAAAGGGGUCAUACUGUUGACAGGUGCAAUCGAAUGAAAUAGUAGGCGGUGUUUCUUGGACUGGAGUAAUUAAGUGAAGGGGGUAAGGGCUGUCUUUAGGGGGACGUACAUGUAGUGUUGAGAGGAUGGUGAUCUUUUUACAUAAUUAUUUAGUCUUUCGUUUAAAUGGAAUUGAUUUUAUUUAUUUGAUACAAGACUCGGUAUGAACAGGUUUAAGCAGCUGGGGUCAAUAAAUAAACACCACUGCUCGUAGCUUCGAAUUAUGUAUAUAAAAGGGGGUGUGAUUGACAAAUUCACCAGGCAAAAUAUGACUUCUGAGGAGCGUUGUCCAAGUUCAAGUUCUGCCAGUCAGCCAUAUCAGUCGAUUCCACCGCAGCAGGGUCGGUGACGUCACAAUACAGACUGGGAGAGGGGUAGAGAAAUAGCUCGCUACUACAAAUUUCAGUGUUACUAUGUAUCUGCAUAAUUUAUGCAAACAAGUAAUUUUGAAAAAUGUUUUCUUUUGUUUGCAAUGAAUCCGACAUCGUAGAUUUGUUUACUGAAUAAAACUCACACAAUCUUUUAAUGGAA